GUCUUCGUCGUCGUCUUCGUCGUCGUCUUCGUCGUCGUCUUCGUUGUCGCCGCCGUCGUCGUCGUCGUCGUCACCGCCGACGUUGCCAUCGCCACUGUCAUCGGGCACACAUUGUCGUUGUUUGUCUUGGUACUCGAUUGCACCGGUAUCUCAGCACGGUAUACCGUGGAAUGGCAGCGGCCCUAAAGAAAAAUCACUCACGCAGAAGAUUGGCCGCCCUAACAUUCUUGUCUAACAUCUCCCUCGACGGCAGCCACCGUGAUACCAAGUUCGCCGUCCUGUCACGAAAUGGACCGACACACGCACGUAUACUCAGCGAUGGCCAGUCAGAUCAACAGGCAGUGCUUGAUACGUGUCAGAGCACUGACUUUGAGGUCUCCAUGGAGGAGGUUCUAGACGAUUGCCCCGAGGAGACUACGUAUGACUUCCCGCAGAAUGAAGUGACGGAGCAGACCAACUCCCCGCAGCUGAUGCACAAGAGUACGGAUCACAACUCCAUCAGUUCUGAUUCGGAUGGUGUGUUGACCCCUGCAAAAGCAGCAGUUGCCAUGUUCUUGGAGCAGGAGAGGAAUCAUCUGCAAUUCUCUUUUGGCAUGCAUGGCUCAUUUAGAGAACGAACGGGAACUACCGGAAGUGACUACUCUUUACCAGAAAGACGUGUGGGUUCUCUGCAAUAUAAGAAGCGUAUAAGUCACCAAACUUCUACGCUAUCGGAGGAUAUUAAGCAUCAAUAUAACAGUAGCAGCGAAAGUAUCGGCUCCGUACAUUCGAAGGCACAAUCGUUGAAACCAAAGACAAAGGCAGUGAACAAUGUGCAAACUGUUUCUACAAAUAGUAGUAUAAUACCAGAAGUUACGAAGGAAUUGCGUUUGAUACAGCGGCCUGUGAAUGGCUACAAAUUCGGGGACGACAGAAUGGUUUUGGUAUCAAACCAACAUGUGCCAUUUGUAGUGUUUUCUGCCAUACCAUACAAUAAAGGACAACGUACCAGUUGGUCGGAAUUACGUAAAGAUACAGGUCGAAGGAAAAACGUUUCGUCUCAAAGACCACUGUCCUCGAUCACAGACAAUGUUGAUCCAUUUGGAUUAUUGGGUAUAGAAUACGCGAAAGACGGCCAAGAAAUAUCCUAUGGACAGCUACUUGUACCGUCUAGACAUUUCCAAAGGGACAAAAAAUUGAACCCGAAUGAAAAUGAAACUAUGGAACUUAUGCACUUCAUACCUAAUAAACAUCACGUAGUGCAAAGGACAAAAACAAUUACUUGGAAUGUGGAUCACAAAAAAUGGUGUCUUUCGUAUGAUACAGCCACAAAUCGUGCGCACUAUAUAACUUCCGAGUCUCCACCGUUAUCCUUCAGUACUGAUUCCAAAGUUUACGAGUGGGACGAACAAUCUGCCCAAUACAAUCCAAAUUUACUGGACGAUCCAGAACUAAUCGCUGGGAAACACAGAACACUACUGACAUUUACCUCAUACAUGGCGUCUGUUAUUGACUAUGUAAGACCCUCCGAUCUGAAGAAAGAAUUGAACGAUAAAUUCAAAGAAAAAUUCCCGCAUAUUCAACUCACUCUUAGUAAACUUCGAAGCUUGAAACGCGAAAUGAGAAAAAUAGCUAGAUUAGAAUAUGGUAUUGAUUUACUCACCGUUGCAAUGGCCUAUGUGUACUUUGAAAAGCUCAUUCUCCGAAACAUCGUGACAAAGCAAACGCGAAAAUUGUGCGCCGGUGCUUGCUUACUUCUCGCAGCGAAAUUUAACGACGCGAGGCGUGAUAUUCUGAAAUCGCUCAUUGAGAGAAUUGAGGGCGUAUUUCGUUUAAAUCGCAAGGAUUUAUUUACAUCUGAAUUCGCUGUACUGGUAGCUUUAGAAUUUGGUCUGCAUCUGCCGACUUGGGAAAUAUUUCCUCACUAUCAGCGAUUGAUUUAUGAAUCUUGACAUCCUUUUAUAUCAAUCUCCACAUGCAGUCUGAGAACUUCUUUAUGAGGCAACUUCGAAGUAGCAAAGCAUAUCCACAUUGAAUAAUCUUAAUAUUUGGAAGCCAUAUCGCGACAAGCUUCAAAGAAUCACAUAUGUAUAUAUACAGGUAUUCCUUUUCCUUCCAAUAUCUCGAUUUAUUUCAGCCACAUGUUCAACCGGUGGUUUAAUAUAAAGAAUUAAGAUUUAAUUGUAAUUGAAAGUCAUAGUUACGAGUUUAUAUUUUAUUAUAAGUUUUUUUUGCGAGUUACCAAUUACAGUAGUCGAUGUAUAUGCUCUGAAUACUAUUUUAUUAUUUGAACAAGUUUUUAACUGCCUAUUUUUGAAUAUCAAAACAUUAAUUGUCGUUAAAAAAAUAUUAUAUUUAACCGCACCGUAUUAUAAAACUUUUCAGUUAAUAAAAUUUAGAUAUUGUAAGUGCGAAAGUAAUUUGUGAGUUGUUUUAGAACUAUUGAUUUGCCUUAUCGAAGGUAUUACGAUAAUGGUUUGUGAUAUGCAGUCCUCUUUAAAUAAGAAAAAAUAAAUAUGUAGAUAAGUAUAUGAUAAUUUUAGAGAUAAGAUUGUUUUGGCAUUGCACAUUUUUAUAUGCUUCAUUGUUUAUGUGUUAAUAUUUGCAUAUAUAUUACAGACUAUUAUCUUAAUUUGACAAUAAAAAUUACUAUGUAAGAUGAGACACUUAAGACGGGCUUAAUUGUGAAUAACUUCUACUUGAAGAUAUGUGAAUGUUUUAAGGAAGAGGGAAAGAGAGAAAGAGAGUAUUGUUGAGUUUGAAUAGUAAUAUGAUAUUUUAGAUUUAUACGGUGUGUAGAAAUAUUUAAUUUCACUUCUUCAAGUUUUAACGCCGCAUUUUUCGAGUUAGCUUCAUGGAUUUGUUUCGAAAAGUAAUAUCUAGUGGUGACAUUUUUCUUUAAAGCACAAAAAAUUUACAUAAAUAACCCGUUUUAAGUGUCACAUCUUGUGUAAUCACACUGUUACGUGUCUCACGAAACUGCUGCUGCAUUUUAGUUAUAUAGAUUUUCCUCAAUAGAGAGAAAGGAUAUACUUAAUUUUGAAAAUAUCUUAACAUGGAAUUUUGCUACGCUAUGGCAAAGUCAAUAAGAAAUUUGAUGUUUCUUCCUAAUAAUAAGUACGAGAAGAUUUAACAUGGUGAAAACACAAAUCGGUCGGACAUAGUAAAUACGCACGGUAAAAUAUGAAAAUUGCUUAAAAGGGACAUUUUUUGAAAAUGUUAACGUGAUGAUUAAAGCUUAAUAUAGAUGUACUUAUGCGGCAGCACGACACGGCUAUAAAUGGAUAUCAAUCGUUGGCUAAGUUUUUGAAAUUAUAAUAUCAUAUAUUGAUGCUAUGAUAGAAACGUUAUCUACUCACGAUAACGAUCUACAUAUUUAUCAUAUAUUGUAACGGUGAAAAAAAUAAUGUGAAAAGUCUAUAUAAAUGUUUAUUGAAAUACACUGUAUCUAGACAUCACAUAAAUUCGACAUUUUAUAUGUAUAUUACAUCUUACAUAUGUAUUUAUCGUCUCUUUGUUUAUCUUCUGCUUUUUGUGAUUUAUUUUGAUGCCGAGAUAAAAAUGCAUGUAAUGUCUACCGAAAUAUUUCGACUAGUUAAACUUUUAAUUUGCAUUAAUGAUGACAAGGUCUCCCACAUUUCUACAUAAAGAUGAAGAUGAUUUCUAUAUCAAGAAUAUAUCAUAAGUGUUACUAGAGUAUAACUAUACGUUUUUGUUUUGAAAUUGUUUUUUUUUCUUGUUUUGUAGUAUAGAAGUAGUUGUUUUAUUAUUAGUAGAUAUAUAUUUUAUUAGAGAAAGUGUAAGUACAUUUUGCGUGCGCAAGGAGGAUAACGGGAAACCGGUGUUUUACUCUCUUAAUUAGACUCGAGUUUUUAUUCUCCCUUCGUUUUAAAUCAGCUGAUAUGUCUUGAUCAAUGUUGUAAAUACUGUGCGAACUAAAUGAGUGUGAUAAAAGUAAUCUUAUAGCAUUAUAAGGAAAGCGAUAUCCUAUAUCAUAUUUUGUCACCUCAUUGUAUUUAAGCUCUGCGACGUUCUUUUUAGAAAUUGCUAAUAUAUUACAGGUAUUUUUCAAGUUGAACUUAUAUAUAUGUAAAUGUAUAGAUGUAUACUCUUUAUUUUUAGAAAAAUAUUAGGAGCAUACGAUGCGUGUCUUUCUGAAAUGUACCUUCGAUUAAUAAUCAUAACAUUUUUACUUAAGAAUCGACCAAGUUCAAUAUGCUUCAUUAAGUUUUAUUUGUGUAUUUCAUACCAUGUAAAAUCUCUCUAAUAUGUGCGCAUACCAGUGAGACGUGAAUUACACGUACGUAAACAGAAUUAUAGAAUGUGUAUGUGUUCUGUGCUCAAUUAUAAUUUGAUAUAGAUUAAUAUUCUGAUAUGAAUAGAAUUGUUAUCGCUCAAUUUUCACUCCAUACACACGAGAUAUUGAUUUUCUAGAUGAUUUGUUCUGCAAACUAUAGUGUUCUAGUACAACGUUUCAUUACGAAUCAUUACUUAAGAAAAUAUUAAUAUUAUAUUAUUUCAUGUUAUACGUAUUAUCAAUUCUAUACACAUUAUCUUUUAAAUUAUCAUAUAAUCUUUCAUCAGUUAGACGUGAAAAAGUAUGCAGGGACACAAGAUACAUACAUAUUUUGUACGUGUACACAUAUAGUAUGUAUGCAGUUUUUAAAUUCAACAAGUCUCUUUAGCAUGCCAUUUUUGUAACAUUAUUCGAAAUCUUUGUAAUUAAGUACUCAAGCGCUCGUGGAAGAUGUAUUAGAUACAUACAUAUAUAUAAUCACAGAUUGACUAUGUGGAAAGCAAAAUACAUGUAGAAAUAUUUGGUUACGUACUUUUACUCGGUACUUUAUUCCAAACUAAAUGUGACCAUUUUGUAUACAGUUUCUUUUGGUGUAAUAUGAAGAACGCGUAAAGAGAUAUCACGAAUCGAGGAUCUUGUCGGCGACGAAUGGUCCAUUCUUGAUAUGUAACAAUGAUGUUACGUCUGAAGUGGACUUAAAACAGUAACGAUAAAUGAAUUGUAUGUUCUAGUACCAUAGCGGUGUCAAUUACAAUAGAAUAUACUCUAUAACAGCGUAACCCGUACUCUGGCUAGUUAGUGUUCUUUGGUAAACAAGAAAAUAAUAAAUUUACUAUUUCUUUCCUGGUUUAUAACUCGUAAUGAUAUAUCGAUAUUGUAUCGAUGGUGUUUGAAAUAUACGUGUGUACAUUAUACAAGUAUGUUUCUUUAACCUUAAAAAGAACGAUGUAUGCUCAUAUUCCAAUAAGAUGUGUAUAUUGAAAUAAUUCACGUUUUACAAAAUGUAAACUUUUUAUUAAGUUUGUAACAUUUGAUACAUGAACGUCAUAUAAAACAGUAGCUUAAUACUUCUUUAACUUCUACACCUUUUGUGCACUUAAUGAUUGCGAAUGUACAUGCCUGAAUAAACACAAAACGAAUUAGUUUUUAGUAAUAAAAUAAUCAAAGUUUGUCAAUACUUCGAACGGUUUCACAGAUGUCAAGUCUUGUAUUUUGAAACUCGUACAGUCAAUAUUUGUUGAUUUAUUUGGACUAUAUGAGCCAAAUUAAAUAACAUACUUGGAUUGAGUCACUAAUUAAAUUGGAUAAAUAUACAGAUGUU